CUGAACAUUUAUAUAUCCAUGUAUACUUUUUAACCCUUGGGUGAAGGAAGAUUUGUCAAAGCGCUGUGGCUCGACAAGGCGUUUGAAGAAGGAUUAAACAGACGUGUAUAUAUUCACUGUCAUGCUAACCAAUUUUAGUACAGUGUAUUCUAGCAACGCUUGAGCAUGUAUUUUGGAGUAGACGGCUCGUUUUAGUCCUCUCUGAGUUCGGUUGUUAAAGAAGAGAAGACUUUGAUUACCCGUGAUGGCAUCAUACUAGAAGAAUUCAAUAGCAAAUAUCGGAAAUGGGCCUCAUUAAAAUAAAAUCAAUUUGAAAUAAUUCGUGUGUAAUGAAUGUUUACAAUGUGUGACACUUUGUGAAAGCCUCUUAUUCAUUGAUGAAAAGACUACAGUCCAUCAUCAUGCAUAGGAAUAUGUUCAGACCCUCUACAGCUGGUGCUAUUUCAAGGAAACAUGGUACUUACCAACACAAACGUAGACCAAAAACCUCUAUUUAUCGUAAAAAGCGUCAAGAGCUGUUGAUGCUGGACGAAGAGACUGAAAUCGACUUGUAUAACAGUCAUUUACUUGAAAUUAGCCAGGAUGAAGCAUAUGAUAGCGAUUCAACGGUGUGUGCUUCUGAAUUUGAAAUUCAAAGUGAAAGAAGUGCGAGAUUAUCGGCUGCAUCCUCUUCCACGGGAGUAUCAUCCAGCGGAGUAUCGGAUGGAAAUCGUGAGUUCGAGCGUUACAGACCACAUGAUUAUGACAUGAAGAGUGAAAUAGACGGAUUGUCUGUAGAAACCGGAUCUUGCAGGUUUGGUUCGGUCCCUAUGAGGUUUGCUGCAAAACGGAUUGAAAUUACAGAACCCGAAAAUUGUCACUGCCUUUCAAAUAUGCUCUUUCAUGAAAACGAUGCUUUAAGUCCGUGGAAAACAACUUGUAGGCAUAAAAGUGAAGCUCAGACAAUGCAAAAAGACAACCGAAAUUCUAACCCAAAGCAGUGCCUAGUGCCGAGUUCGUAUAGAAGAACGUUCGGCCAAUCAUCAAAAAAUUUUAGCUAUCCUUUCAGUCACUUUGAGAACAGUAGCAAAUAUAUUCAGCAAUAUAAAGAACUUUGUUCAUCUGUGGGGAAGUUUAGACAUGCCAUGGAGGUUACCCGACAAAACAAGCUUCCUUUGCCUGAUCCUUACCUCAGUAGAAUCCGAUCUACGGCUUGCUCGAUCGCCGAAAACUUCGACAUCUUCGCAAUAUUAAACAUAGAGAAAGACGCAGGUGAAAAAGAUAUGUCCGAAACUGACAGAGAUUUCUCCAGGUCCUUGACAGUUAAUGACAGGGGCAAAAACCUGAAUUUGGCCCCCGUGCGGGAUUCUUCACCACUACAGUUUUCCGCACACCAUGGGAAGUCUCUAAAUAAAAAUGACCUGCGUUUCAACCAAUACCUAAAUCUAGUAAUACCAAAGACAGCACUCACCAAAACUAAUAUUCAGCUAAAUCUAGAUAAUCCAAAAGAAAUGUGGACCCCCAGAUUUGAGUCCAAGAGAAAUCCAACGAAAAAUUCCCACAGGAGAUCAGAAAGUGUAGAUUCACUAAAACGGUCAUCGAAACACGCAGAUGUGAGUUCCAGACGAUCUUCUGGUGCAAACAGAGCAAGUCAACUGAGACUAGAGCGUGCAGCGACGAGUGCCGAUGGUACCCGAUUAAAAAGUGAUUCGGGAUGCCUCAUACCACCGCCACCACCCUUGCCACAGAGCCCGUCUAUUUUAACAAAACGCAAAACACAAAGUCAGAAAACGAAAUGUGUGAACCAGAUCCGCGCCAUGUUAUCUGAUCUUGAGGAUUGCAAAGGGAAGUUGGAUCGCACCUGUAGACGACUCGAAAAUAUAAAACAUUCUGAUUCAAAGGUUGAUCGGGUCCUUCCAGCUACUAAGACUUUCGGGAUAGAGGGCCAGACAUGCAGAACGGAGGAUCAGUUAAGCAUCAUUCACCGGCUUAGAAAAGAAAAGGAACGAACGUUAAGAGUGUCAGCUGUCAAUUAACGCAUCUUUGUAAAAUUAAUAUACAGAAGCUAAAAACAUUUUUCAAGAUCAAUUUGGGUA